GUCUCUCAUCAAAACCCCUGGCGCGCGUGAGUCCUAUCACGAUCACAACUCCCAAGUUCCAAACCAGGUUUCAAGGAAACAGAGAAAACCGGUAACUGUAUCCUCGGAAUUCGGAAUCCAGUCCAACUAUAAGUCACAUAGUCAGGGCAGAUUCUGCAGAACACAUGUAAGAAUCUCACCAUCUCCAAUUUUACCCGCCAAAAACACCAAUCAAGCAAGCAAUCAUGUCAGCAAAAUCCACUGAACCCAUUGAUUAUCAUCAACCCUUGAUCUGAACCUUUCAUCUUCAUCAUCAUCAUAAAGUCAACACCAUGGGAAAACCAGGAAACCCAUUAAGAAAAACCCUAGUAAAACUCCUGGUAUUGACAUUCCUUUGUUAUUUCUUUUACAUAUUAGGUUCAUACAAGAAAUCCAAUCGAAUUGAUGAUUCUUCUUAUAUUGAUGAUCCAAUUUGUCCACAACUCAAUCUCUUUAUUCAUACUACAACAUCUUCGCGGAAUUUAGAUUUUGAACCUCACCAUAGAAUCAAUACAAUAUUUGAUACUAUUGAUUCGAGUUUCUUUGAAUUUUGUUCUGAGAAUUUCACAGAUUAUAUUCCAUGUCAUAACCCAUUAAGAGAGGGUUUGUUUGAUAGGAAGAAGAAGUUUCAUAGAGAAAGACAUUGUCCAGAUGAUGAAGAGAAGAAGGUUAAGUGUUUGGUUCCUGUUCCUGUUGGGUAUAGGACGCCGUUUCAAUGGCCGGAAAGUAAGAAAUUCGCUUGGUUUCAGAAUGUGCCUUCUAAGAGAUUGGUUGUUAGUAAACAAUCACAGAAUUGGGUUAGGUUAGAAGGGAAUCGUUUGGUUUUUCCUGGUGGGGGUACUUCUUUUAAAUUCGGUGUUAAAGAUUAUGUUGAUCAGAUUGGGAAGUUCAUUCCAUUGAAGUCUGGGUAUGUCAGGACUGUUCUUGAUGUUGGUUGUGGGGUUGCAAGCUUUGGUGCGGAACUAUCAGAUUAUAAUAUUUUGACAAUGUCAAUUGCACCAAGAGACAUACAUGAAGCUCAAGUACAGUUUGCUCUAGAAAGGGGACUGCCAGCGAUGCUUGGAAUACUAAGCAUCCAUAGAUUACCAUACCCGUCAAGGUCUUUUGAUAUGGCUCAUUGUGCACGGUGCCUAGUUCCAUGGACUGAUUAUGGUGGAUUAUAUCUAAUGGAAAUUGAUCGAGUGUUACGUCCUGGCGGGUAUUGGGUCUUGUCUGGGCCACCCAUUAAUGGGAAAUCCAGCUACAAAGAUUGGGAUAAAAGAGAAAAGGACUUGGAGGAAGAGCAAGCCGCUUUGGAGGAUCUCGCAAAGAGACUGUGCUGGAAGAAAGUAGCAGAAAGGGGUUCAAUUGCAAUAUGGAGAAAGCCAACUAAUCAUGUCCAUUGUGUCCAAAAUGCAAGAUUUUUGAAAUCUCCUCGCUUUUGUGAUGAUGCAAAUGAUCCUGAUGCCGGUUGGUACAAGAAAAUGGAGCCAUGCAUCACACCUCUUCCAAAGGUUAUAGAUGUCAAAACUAUAUCCGGAGGUGCUUUGGAGAAAUGGUCAGAAAGAUUAAAUGCUGAACCACCUAGGAUCAGAAAUGGGGUCGGUAAAUCGAUAACAGUUGGAAAUUUUAAUGAAGACAACAAGAUUUGGAAAGGAAGGGUUUCUCAGUAUGCUAAAGUUAUAAAUUCUCUCUCGACUGGUAAACUUAGAAACAUUAUGGACAUGAAUGCUGGUUUAGGUGGUUUUGCGGCUGCGCUUUCCAAAUACCCUGUUUGGGUUAUGAAUGUGGUUCCUUCUGAUGCAAAUGUUAACACCCUUGGUGUCAUCUAUGAGCGUGGCCUCAUUGGAACUUACAUGAACUGGUGCGAGUCCUUCUCAACAUACCCAAGGACAUAUGAUAUGAUACAUGCAAAUGGGAUAUUCUCCAUGUACAUGGAAAAAUGUGGCAUUGUCGACAUUCUCUUUGAGAUGCACCGUAUUCUUCGACCUCAAGGGAUUGUGAUUAUAAGAGAUCACGUUGACAUCAUUGUAAAAGCGCAAGGCAUUGCAGAAAGAAUGAAAUGGAAUUGCAUAAUGUAUCAUAGCGAGAACGGAGCUAGCCAUCCUGAAAAAGUACUCUAUAUUGACAACUCUGAACCAUUAAGCAAUUCAGAUUAUGCUCAAGGAGUUUCAACCACUUGGUCGUUUUUAGAGAAGUCGUGAGUUCCAUAUGUCUCCAUCUUCAAGUGCUUGGUCUGGAUCCCCACCAGGUCUUACAAAUUUGUAUCAAAGCUGCACCAACCAGGGUCUUAACAGAAUGCUGCGCAGACCACGUAACCUGACAGCUUAAGCUAAUCUACCAAGUACCGUGUAAGCUAAUGUUGUAGAAUAGCUGACAGGUUGUUUUUUUGUAAAUUCUUUAAGAUCAUGUAGCUAUGAAAUUAUAUCAAAUCAAACACUUGUAUGUGGUUUGCAGCGUUUGCUGUCUAAUCGAAAAUUCUAAACGGACCGCCAAAAAGC